UUUAACGUUUAAUUAACGAGUAAAGUUUGACUUGAGAACUUCCGGUGCGGUCAGUUCCUUAGUAACGAGGACAGUAGCCUAACGGUUUGUCUGCAGUUAGCGUUUUCUGCUUAAGCUAGUUAAAUAACGAAUAAAACCGGAAAAUACACAGGAGAAAAAAGCAAGCACGGCAAAUAAAAUGGCUUCCGAUAAAGAAAUGGCCUUAUAUUUGAAACAAAUUCGAUAUCUAGAGGAGCAGCUGGAUACCUGUCGGCCUAAACAAGAGCAGAUGGAGAAAGAAUACCAGGAGCUCGUCUCUGAAUUCGCCGUGCUGCAGGAGGACUCAAAAAUCCAGACUGGUCACCUGAAACGCAUCCUGACUGCAAAAGAAAAGAAGGUGACUGAGUUGUUGGAGCAGCUGGAGAAUGAGCAUCAGGAAGCCAAACGCAACAGAGACAACCUGAUGCUGCAGCACAGCAAGGAGCUGCAGGAGAUGCGUGAGCGGAUUGAAGAGCUUAAGUCAGAGAACAAGAUAGAGGUGGAAAAGUUGGAGCAGCAGAAGAAGGACCUGAUUUCAGUGAAGUGGCGUCUGUCUGCCGUGGAGUCUCUGUGGAAGCAGCUGGAAAAACAGAAGGAAGAGCAUGACAUUGCCACCAAAACAGUGACGGUGGCAGCACAGGUGGAGAUGGACAGGAAGGUUGAGAGAUUGCAGAGCAUCGUGGAGCCUUCUGUAAAGCUGAAGACUGACAAAAUACUUACGAAAAACAGGGCUGAGCACGCGGAGCGGCUGGAGCAGCUCCACUUUCUGAAGAGUGAGCUGGUGCCCCUGCAGGAGGACGUAGACGCCAUGCAAGCCAGACAGAGGGAUCUUUGUUCUGAACAAGAUGAACUGGAGAAAGAUUUCAUUAAGAUUAUUCAGCAGAAAUCCAUCCUCAAGAAGAACGUAGAUGAGCUAAGAGAGCAGUGCCAGCAGUUGACUACAGAGCUGAAGGACUGUACGUUGGAUAAGCUGCGCACACUGGCUAAAAUCAAGACUCUCAGCCAGAGUCUGUCUUUAGUACACGAGGAGUGUCGUCAAAAAUCAGCCAGGAUAACUUCACUCUCAGACCAGAUCCAGAAAGUCAGGUGCAAGAAUUUGAAGCUGGAGGGUGUCAAGCAGGACGCAGCCAUCAUUCUCGGACACAUCCUGUCGGUAAAACACAGUCAGGGUAUCAGUGCCGCUGUUUUAGUGCCUCUGAAAACUCUGGAUAUGUGUGGCAGCUGCAGGGCAGGAAAAUAUCGGUUACUGUCCACGAGAGCUGCGUUUGAUCAAGAGAAGGCAAACAUCCCAUUUAUAUUCUUAACACACUGGAAGGUGCAGAGGCUGCUGGAGAUCCUGGAGAGCACCGCCGUGCUCUGA